AGAUGAACAAAAAGAGAGAUGAUCACAUAUCUGUCUUGGCUCAGAUCUGACUGCUGUGUGGAAUUAUGUGAAGAACGACGAGGAAGAACAAAUCUAUUUGUCCACGAUAUCCCGCAGCUUGGAGUAUACAAGAUUUCUCAGAGGGAUACAGAUACUUUUCAACUGCCUUGACAGUUUUUUUUUUUUUUUUUGCUGAGGAAGUCAACUUGAAGGGAGCAGAGGUCUCGUUGUCACUGUUCUGCUGAGGCCUUCUGACACGGCGAUUUGGGACUUUGGACUGGCACGCAAGAAACUCAAAGAGGAAUGAACAACUGUGAAGUGUGACGGGUCGCUCGGUGUUGUUUUAACUAUCAACAAGAAUUGGCUAAGCAGACAAGAAUCAGUCAUGCAUCCCAUAAUGUUGGUUCUGAUGCUAUUGUGGGAGCCACCAUGGGCCAACGGGCAGAAUGACACCGAACCCAUCAUUCUUGAGGGGAAAUGUUUAGUGGUAUGUGACUCCACACCCUCAUCGGAACCUGCCGGGAACGCCCUGGGCAUGUCGGUUCGCUCGGGCAGCGGCCGAGUGGCUUUCUCCGCCAGCCGCCAGACCAACCACGAGCCUACGGAUAUGAGCAAUCGCACAAUGAUCAUCUAUUUUGAUAAUAUCUUGGUGAAUGUGGGCAGUCAUUUUGAUCAAGAGAGCAGCAUCUUCCUUGCACCGAGGAGAGGAGUUUACAGCUUUAACUUUCAUGUUGUGAAAGCUUACAACAGACAGACAAUUCAGGUCAGCUUGAUGGUGAACGGCUGGCCGAUGAUUUCCGCUUUCGCCGGGGACCAGGAUGUGACCAGGGAAGCAGCCACAAAUGCUGGUCUGGUGAUCAUGGAGAAAGGGGACAAGGCUUACCUUCGACUUGAGAGGGGGAACCUCAUGGGAGGCUGGAAAUACUCCACCUUCUCUGGGUUCUUGGUCUUCCCCUUGUGAGCAAGCUGGAAGCCAAAUGAUUGUAAUGGGCCGCAGACAGAUGGAGCCAUUGGCGAGCAGCAAGGUUCGUCUCUGCAGGGCUGCCACUGAAAAAGAGCGGACUGUCACGUGUAGUCAGUCACUUACGCUCGCCUGCUUUGUCAUCACAAUCGCUGUCUCCCUCUCAUUCAUCCGCACAUGAGCCCACGUUUAAUGGUAAACAUUUAAGGAGAAGCCUUUUUUAGUAUUUUC